UGGAGCCGGUCCGGCCAGCAGGAGCCGGAGCAGGCGUCGCAGGCGCUGGCCCGCACUGGCAGCGCGCUGGCACAGCAGUUCCUGCGUAGCAGCCGAGCCGGCAGAGCGGAGCAGUACGACGUGCCGCAGAUCGAGUGUCCGCCCGCCUAUGACGGGAUGGAGCGGUUCGCGUGCCCCACGCGGGACCGCCGCGGCCGGUACCGCUGCAUCGAUGACCACAUGCUCUGCGACGGCUACCGAGAAUGUCCCGGCGGCGAGGAUGAAGAUAGAGAGAACUGCAUGUUCUAUAAAACGACCAAGGCGCACCUGAACGUGUUAGCGGAUGCGCUGCUGCGGUGGGUGCGAGGUCGCUAACGCCUCGCUGGGCCUCCUGCGCACGUGGUGACCCUGAGAGCGGCCGGCCAUAGGACGUGAUCGCGUCUGCUGCCCGCCUACCGGGUCGGCCCGCCCGCCGGCCUGCGCUCCUGACGACGCCCCUGCGCUCCUGGCGACGCCCCUGCGCUCCUGGCGACGCCUCUGCGCUCCGUGGACCAGCCAGCGCCUCUUCCGAGCAGCGUGCUGGGCCGUGACCGCCGCAGGCGAUCAGUGGACCUGUGUGAGGUCCACUGCCGACGGGCCAGUCAGAGGCCCCCUGCCGAAAAUGGGCUCGGUCAGGGAGCCCCUGCCGACAAAACAGGCGGUCAGAGAGCCCCUGGCAGAAAGGGGGUAGUCAGAAAGACUUCGUUGAUGAAGGGGCCGGUCAGAGGGCCCCUGCUGAUGAAGGGGCCGGUCGGAGGGCCCCUGCUGAUGAAGGGGCCGGUCAGAGGGCCUCUGCGGAUGGGGGCCGGCCGCGGGACGGCGGCCUGGCUCGCCGGCGCCUGCGUCCCUGGGACUUCCCGGCUCGCUGCGCGCAUUGGCGCGGCUCACUCGCCCGGGCCGGGCCGGGCCGGGGCCCGGCUCCGACCGAAAUUGGGGAGCGCUGCGCCCGCCCACCGUCCAUUCGAGCACGUCCCUCCCGUCGUGUCUGCCCCUGGGGUGGCUACCUCGACCCCAGCUUCCAACUGUAUCUAUGUCUUGUCGAGGCUGGCUCUGUGCUAUAGAGGCCCGCUUGCAUUACUGAUGCAUGCUUCGCUGGCGGAGGUCUGUCGUUGGCGUCGCCAUCCGCUCUCCUCCCUGGAGGGCCGCUAACCCUAAAACGCCCCUCGCAAGAACGCAGACGACCAGCAGAAGCCCGCUCGCUUCGGCUCGGUUCGAGACAAGAUUUUCAAUUUAGACGUGGCACCGGCUGACUUCCCUAAGCUGUUCAGUUCUGGUAGAAUUGGAGCAAUGAGAGGGGCCGCUGUCUGCGUGACAGAGCCGCUGCUCAGAUGGUAACAAAGUCCAUUCCCUGGAGGCUCGGUGGUUUGAAGUUCGAAGCCUGGCCUGUGGUCGAGCAUCGACGUAAGCAACAUCGAGAACGUUACAGUGUUGCAUUCUGCUGUAAAGGAGUCUAUACCCAAAAGUCACCCAAAAAAUUAGCUUCUAUAAUACCGAGGGCUGAUCUCCUGCGAAGGUGCCUGGUCUGCUAAAAUUCUAUUUUUGUGAUCAGCUGUCAGGCUACAAUUAUAUUUUUGUGACGAGAACAUUUGUACAUGUACUGUGCACCCUGUUUCCAGGUAUACGUUCAAACACCGUAAAUGAGUUUCAACACAGAGUCACAGCGAUUGGUGACUAAACAGCACCGUGAGAAACGAGCUUGACGCUGAGAAUUCUGCCCCCAACAGUUACCACCGAUAUUCACCAGACAAAACUUCAGCUUGAGCCUUCCUAGGGCAGAAUAGCAAAGCGUACGCACAGGAAGCGUCACACGUAAAGUUCUUAAGUCGCUAGCUACGACUAGUUAUUGGUUGGUCAUUGUUUAUUUUUUAUCACCGAUACUUAAGACAUCGAUGGAUAGGAAGUAUCAGUGAAGCUAAGUGGUUGUGGUCAACACGUCCAUAACGCGCAAAUUAAAAAGAACGUAGGUGAUAGUUUCGGGCGAUGAAAUUGGCCACGCUUAUGCCGCAUGAUCCGCCUUGUUUUCGUGAAGCGUUCACACAAGCCGGUGCUCUCAGUCUGUUCUAUGGUCUACAUCACUCCCGCUGAGCCGCCAUGCGCGAGGAUGCUGGAGGUGCCAUUCGGACGGGCUGAUGGGACUGCGGGUAGGGGUCACAUUUGGUGUUCUUCCGUCUCUGUCAAUGCUGCCACACCGGAGGUGGCGGAGGGGCGGUGUCAGCGGGGCUAUCCACCGGCGGCUGGGCGGCCGCGACACUGAAGCCAGCACGCUCUCGGUGCGCCGCCCAAUCACAGUGAUACUGUUGCUCUACUUUCACGGUUUUCGAGGCAAUAAAUUUUGCUGCACUGUGAUGGCAUGGGAUUCUGGCAAAUGGGUGCAUGAGGAGGCUAAGUUUCCUGGCUAUUUUACGCUUGUCCUGAUCCGUGUUCCUAGCACUGGCAACAUUACUCUGAUCUCUGACAGUAAGACCUCCGCUCUGUUGAGAGCGACCUGCGUACACUGAGAGGUACUACUACCCUGUGUUGAAACGUUAGACUCUCAUUUUCGUUACGCUUCACGGUGGGAACGACUGUACAAAUGAUUCAUGUUUUGCAUACGCGUUAUUGUGGCUAUUUUGCUUGGGCGUUCGUCACUCCACCUGGCCGCCGCGUCCCACCCGCUUUCAAUCCCGCCUAGAUUGCCUCGCGUCAGUCUUUUCCACGAGCCGCGCCCAGCUCCGUGUAUCCUCGGUGAGCUGCCUUUCGCUGUAUGCCUUCGUCCCCUGCUGGUCAGCGGCCGGUGCGUGCGUGUGCGCGUGAGCUGUGCGUGUCUGCCGGCUGGCGGGGCG